AUAAAUGUACUUCUGGUAAGAAGGGGAAAAACCAGUCCCAAUUCUUAUGGCUUGUGUCAAGCCUUCCCGAGACAAUGUUCAUUAUUCAUGUAUUUUUCCAGCCCACAUAAAAAUGACAGAUAGCCCCAUUGCCAUAUUGUUGCCCCCAGAGUGGGGCUGAGUGGUGGGAGCAGCAGAUCUCUGAUGAUAUUCAAUCCUAGUACAGUAGGAGCUCCCUGUCACCAGGGCUACCGCCUGCUCUCAUAUCCAUGCUACUCCCCUAUUCUGCAUUUGCAAGUGCACAGCAUCCACUAACCUCCCAAUACAACCAGUCAGGAGCCUGCACCAGCACUGGCCACCACUCCCAGUGCAUUGCAAACUUAUACACACAAGGACUUGCCCAGGAAGACAACAAGGCUAAAAUAUCUUCCAGGGAGUAGCUUUCUCCAGUUAUUUGCAGGUGGGGGGGUAGCCCAUUUCCCAGAUUUUAGGGACACUGGGGGGUUGCAAGAUGGAUACUUUAAAGGAACUAGCUACAGGCAAGGAAUCAGCCAACACCGAUAUGCUGUUUGCAUUGCUGGCACAGAACGAGGAUCUGCGAAAAGAAAUCCCUCAGUGUGCAGGCUGCAAUCAGCACAUUGUAGAUCGUUUCAUCCUAAAGGUUCUCGACAGGCACUGGCACAGCAAAUGCUUAAAAUGUAACGACUGUCAGAUCCAACUGGCAGAGAAAUGUUUCAGCCGAGGGGACAGUGUGUACUGCAAAGACGACUUUUUUAAGAGAUUUGGGACCAAAUGUGCAGCCUGCCAACAAGGAAUCCCCCCCACCCAGGUGGUGAGGAGAGCCCAGGAGUUUGUGUAUCAUCUUCACUGCUUUGCUUGCAUUGUAUGCAAAAGGCAGCUGGCCACUGGGGAUGAGUUCUACCUCAUGGAGGACAGCAGGCUGGUGUGCAAGGCAGAUUACGAGACAGCAAAACAGAGAGAGGCAGAAUCGACUGCAAAGAGGCCAAGAACCACAAUCACUGCAAAACAGUUGGAAACUCUGAAAAAUGCCUAUAACAACUCUCCAAAACCUGCCAGACAUGUCCGAGAGCAGCUUUCCUCUGAGACUGGCUUGGAUAUGAGGGUGGUACAGGUCUGGUUCCAGAACAGACGAGCGAAAGAAAAGAGACUAAAGAAAGAUGCUGGAAGGCAGAGAUGGGGCCAGUAUUUCAGAAACAUGAAAAGAUCGAGGGGGAAUUCUAAAUCUGACAAAGAUAGUAUCCAGGAGGAAGGUCCUGAUAGUGAUGCUGAAGUUUCAUUCACAGAUGAACCCUCUAUGUCUGAAAUGAAUCACUCCAACGGGAUUUAUAACAGCUUGAACGAUUCAUCUCCUGUUUUGGGCAGACAAGCUGGAAGCAAUGGUCCUUUUUCCCUAGAACAUGGUGGAAUCCCCACUCAGGAUCAAUAUCACAAUCUGAGGUCAAACAGUCCAUAUGGAAUCCCUCAGUCCCCUGCAUCACUACAGUCAAUGCCAGGUCACCAGUCUUUGCUCUCAAACUUGGCAUUCCCAGACACUGGGUUGGGAAUAAUUGGUCAAGGAGGACAAGGAGUUGCCCCAACAAUGAGAGUAAUAGGGGUAAACGGACCAAGUUCUGACCUUUCCACCGGUAGCAGUGGUGGAUAUCCAGAUUUUCCUGUAAGCCCGGCCUCUUGGUUGGAUGAGGUUGACCACACUCAGUUUUGAUAAAGACUCAUCUGACGCGCCAUACAUUUUGAGCAUUAAAGGCAGAUGGAAAUAUUUUGCUAAAACAGACGACAAACACCAGGAGAACGAGUUGCAAAGGCACAGAUAAUACAGUGAUUUUGAGAAAUGGACAUGAGACAUCUUCACCCAUUGCUUAUUACCUAGAUUGUACUCAGUUUUGCUAAUGCCUCCCUACAUUGUGUUAAGAGAACUUAAUCCUAAAAUGGAACUGCGAGUGAAAGUCUUCUAAUUACAUGUUUUUACUUGUGUUGUAUGCUACUGACCAGAUCUAUACCGAUACCACCAGACCGUUCUUCACUUGAUUUUUCCGUUCCCAUCAAAGAGAAGCUGUAGACUAAUUUAGAAAUCACGGUUUACCCCAUUUCUUCUCAAAAUUGAUAUGGACUGCCUUUAAAUUGGAUAAUCAUCGUUUAAAAAUGUAGUCUGAAGUCUAACACGUCUGCAGUAGAGAAGCAUUUUGCAAUUGCACUUAAAGUCUGUUGCCAAAAACCUGUAUCCAUAUUUAAAUGUAUUUUUUUCUGUUGUUGGUAUAAAUCAAUAUUUAUCUCAUUUAAAAUCUUUAACACUUUUUUUAAGAAAAAACUUUAUACUGUCGUUUUUUUUUUUAAUAUUUCUGUUGUAUCUUUUAACGUCACUCAUCUCGAAACAGUAAAUAAAACAGACACGGUUUUAUUGGAAUCA